GAAUGCUUUUUUAUUUGUUCAAUCAAAAGCUCUUUCUCAUUCUGUAUAAAAGACAUAUCUCCUCCAUAAGCACCACCACCUCCACCUCCACUAUAUCCUCCAAGAAACUCAAUAAACCACCGCCAAAAUGGGUUCACAGAACUCCACCACCGCCACCGCCACACCAUACCCCAUAAAAACAGUAGUAGUUUUAGUCCAAGAAAACCGUUCCUUCGACCACAUGCUAGGCUGGUUCAAAACCUUAAACCCAGAAAUCAAUGGAGUUACCGGUCAAGAAUCCAAUCCCAUCUCAACUUCAGACCCGAACUCCCCCCUUGUCUUCUUCAAAGACCAAUCUGCUUACGUGGACCCUGACCCUGGUCACUCAAUCCAAGCCAUGUACGAGCAAGUUUACGGUGUCCAAUGGACCGAAGCUGCACUUUCGAACCAGGACAAUCCUCCGGUCGUGAAAAUGAACGGUUUUGCACAAAACGCAGAGCGAACCAAGCCAGGCAUGUCUGAGAAUGUGAUGAACGGGUUCAGACCGGACGCUCUGCCGGUCUAUAAAGAGUUGGCUAUGAAUUUUGCGAUUUGUGAUCGGUGGUUCGCUUCGAUUCCGACGUCAACACAGCCGAACCGGCUGUAUGUGCACUCUGCGACGUCGCAUGGCGCAACAAGUAAUGACUCGAAGCUGCUGGCUCAAGGGUAUCCUCAAAAGACUAUAUUUGAGUCGAUGGAUGAGAGUGGAUUUUCUUUUGGGAUUUACUAUCAUCAAGUUCCUACUACUCUUUUUUACAGGAACCUGAGGAAAAUUAAGUACGUAAAGAACUUCGAACAAUUUGAUCUAAACUUCAAGAGACAUUGUAAAGACGGGAAGCUACCAAACUAUGUAGUAAUCGAGCCGAGAUAUUACGAUGUUUUAUCGAUUCCAGCAAACGAUGAUCAUCCAUUACAUGAUAUCUCGGAAGGUCAGAAAUUUGUGAAAGAAGUGUAUGAAUCACUACGAGCUAGUCCGCAAUGGAACGAAAUGUUGUUUGUGAUCGUAUAUGACGAACAUGGCGGAUUCUAUGAUCAUGUUCCAACUCCUGAUGUUGGAAUUCCUAGUCCUGAUGGCCUUGUUGGUACUCCACCUUACUUUUUCAAGUUCGAUCGCCUCGGUGUUCGAGUUCCGGCUCUUUUGAUAUCUCCAUGGAUCGAACCCGGAACAGUAUUACAUGGACCUUCAGGACCAGAACCUACAUCAGAAUAUGAACAUUCUUCAAUACCAGCAACUCUUAAGAAGCUUUUCAAUCUGAAAGCAUUUCUAACCAAGCGUGACGCUUGGGCCGGCACUUUUGAAACCGUUCUGAAUAGAACUACUCCAAGGACAGAUUGUCCAGUUACAUUGGCGGAACCUGUGAAAUUGCGAUCCAGGUCUGCAGGGGAAAAUGAAGAAGCAAAUAUUAGUGAGUUUCAACAUGAAAUAGUACAAUUGGCAGCAGUAUUGAAUGGAGAUCACGCGACGGAUAAUUACCCGCAUAACCUCGUGGAAUCCAUGAAAGUUUCGGAGGCUGCGAAUUACGUUGAGACUUCAUAUAAGAGAUUUUAUGAAGAAUAUGAGAGAGCUCGAGACGGUGGCUUACACGAAUCAGAAGUCGUUUCCUUGAUCAACGCCGAUGACACUCACCACCUCAUCACACCUCAGUCCUCAUCAUCAAGUUCUUCGUCGAGGUAUAAACCGAAGAUAUUGGGAAUAUAUAUACCGCCUUCUGUGGAUUACGUUAUCUCCGUUCUCGCUAUUUUGCGGUUCGGUGAGGCGUUCUUGCCUCUCGAUCCUUCAUGGCCGAGAGAUAGAGUAAUAUCAAUUAUUUCCUCUUCCAAUGUUGAUCUUGUUAUUACUUCCGAAUCUUCAUUUAUUAAAGCUGGUUAUGAUUUUAAUGAGUUUAAUCUGUCAAAUUGGCUUGCGGAAUCUGGUAUUACUUGUCCUAUUUUGUUUUACUCGAUGGAAGAUUGCCUUAGUGUAAUGCCGAUGCAAUUACCUUGGCCUUGUGAAAUGGAGAAGAAGAGGCUCUUUUGUUAUUUGAUGUAUACUUCUGGUUCGACUGGAAAACCUAAAGGCGUCUGCGGCACUGAAGAAGGUUUGUUAAAUCGCUUUAUGUGGAUGCAAGAACUGUAUCCACUUCAUGGAGAUGAAGUCUUAUUGUUCAAAACAUCAAUUAGCUUUAUUGACCAUUUGCAAGAGUUUCUUGGUGCUAUGCUUACUGGUUGUACGCUUGUUAUACCUCCUUUCAAUCAGUUGAAGAAGGAUCCUUUUUCUGUCGUACGUUUUCUACAGGCCUACCCUAUAAAUAGGCUUACUGCUGUUCCUUCCCUGAUUCGAGCAAUCCUUCCUGCUCUGCAAAGUCAACAUAACAUGCAGAUCCAAAGUUCAUUAAAAUUGUUAGUGCUAAGUGGUGAAGUUUUUCCUUUGUCCUUGUGGGACGUGCUUUCCAAAUCACUACCGAGGACUGCCAUUUUGAAUUUAUAUGGGACAACAGAGGUAUCUGCUGACUGCACAUACUUUGACUGCAAGAGGCUGCCUAAAAUUUUGGAGACAGAGUCACUGAAAAGUGUGCCAAUUGGUGUGCGUAUUUCUAACUGUGAUGUAGUAUUGGUCUCUAAAACUGCUACACCCAAUCAAGGAGAGAUAUGUGUUGGUGGCUCCUGUCUUUGUACUGGUUAUUCUUCUAAAUUUGCAGUUAUACCUUUUGAAAGUGUAAAAUUGCAUAAGAACCUCAUCUGCAACUGUUUAAUGGAUAAUUGUGGGAGCCAAGUAUAUUAUAGAACCGGUGAUUUUGCACAACGGCUGCAAAGUGGUGACUUGGUUUUCUUAGGAAGAACUGACCGUACUGUAAAAGUUAAUGGGCACCGUAUAGCUUUAGAAGAGGUUGAAAAUACAAUUAGGCAACAUCCAUAUGUUGCUGAUGCAGCUGUCAUUGCUCGUGAAGGUCCAGAGGAGCUCACAAAUUUAGACGCUGUUUUAGUAUUGAAAGAGAAUGAAAAAUCUGGUGAUUUGGCCAGAUCUUCAAUAAGAAGAUGGAUGGUUGAAAAAGUUCCUCUAGCCAUGAUUCCACACCACUUUAUAUUUGCAGAGUCAUUGCCUAUAUCUUCCAGUGGAAAAAUUGACUAUGUUUUGUUGGAAACUUCAGCAUUUUCCAGCAUUCAUUUCCGAGAUAAAAAUCAGAAUAGUGAGACCAAAGAUCUUAUGAACAUUAUAAAAAAGGCAUUUUGUGACGCUUUAAUGGUUGAAGAGGUCUCUGGUGAUGAUGAUUUCUUUGACAUGGGUGGUAGUUCAAUUUCUGCUGCUCAAGCUUCUUAUAAUUUGGGAACUGAUAUGAGAUUGCUUUAUGAAUUUCGUACUCCAUUGAAGCUUUACAAUGCCCUCUUAGAUAAGAUGGAAUCAUACAAAAGAGAUGUCGCAACAGAAAUUAGUUUAAAAUCAGAUACUGAAGAUUAUGGUGGGAAUAUGUCUUAUCCUGCUAAUUCUGCAGCUCCUAACAAUAGCGUUAAAUCAAAAGAGUGGCUCCCGAAGAAUCUUCAUGAAAUGAAUUAUCAUAAUGGUGCAGCAUCCAAGCGCUUCAAGGUUGAUUUGGACAAAUGCAUUCCAAAAUGUGGUAGUUCAAGUGAGGGUUAUCCUUGGUCUGCAUUGAUACCAUUCUCAUGUUCAUUCAGCCGAUGCAACAAGGUUAUAUAUCAAGAAAAUUACAGGUUGAGCAAUACCCACCAGAUAACUUGGUCAGAAGAAGUUUUGAGAAAUGGAAAAGGCUGUUCUAUGCAGGAAUUAUGGAAGGUUUGCAUGGAGUCUUGUGUAGAUGCAUCGCCACUUGUGGUGUAUAAAGACCAAGAUAUCUAUUUAUUUAUUGGAUCUCAUGCGCAUAAGUUUAUUUGCGUUAGUGCCAAAAGUGGUUCUGUCCGGUGGGAAGUCAAAGUACAAGGACGAAUUGAAUGUUCAGCAGCAAUUGUUGCCGACUUUUCUCAGGUUGUAGUUGGUUGCUAUGAAGGGACGAUCUAUUUCCUAGACUUCAUGAAUGGCAAUAUUUGUUGGACUUUUCAAACAUGCGCUGAGGUGAAGUGUCAGCCAGUUGUUGAUAAAUGCAGACAUGUAAUCUGGUGUGGCUCCCAUGACCACUAUCUAUACGCUCUUGACUACAGAAACUGUUGCUGCAUUUAUAAGCUCUCAUGUGGUGGGAGUAUAUUUGGGUCACCUGCAAUUGAUGAGGGCCAUGACAUUCUUUAUGUGGCUUCGACUAGUGGUCGUGUGACAUCUCUAUCAGUAAAGAUUUCACCAUUCCAUACAUUAUGGCAACGUGAGCUAGAGGUGCCGAUAUUUGGGUCACUCUCAAUUGGUUCUCCACAUGCAAACGUUAUUUGUUGUUUAGUAGAUGGGAACAUUGUUGCAUUGGAUUUAGCCGGAUCUACUAUUUGGAGGUAUAAAACUGGAGGUCCUGUAUUUGCUGGAGCCUGUAUAUCUUGUGUGCUUCCUUCUCAGGUGCUCGUAUGUUCAAGAAAUGGAAGUGUCUAUUCAUUUGAAGUGGAAAAGGGACAUCUACUCUGGGAGUACAAUAUUGGAGAUCCGAUAACUUCGUCUGCUUAUGUUGAUGAGCACUUGCAACUGGUGUCUGCUUCCUCCCAUGUGCCAAACAGAUUGGUUUGCAUAUGUUCGAGUUCCGGAACUGUACAUUUGCUUAACGUUGAUGUUGUAGGAAAACAAACUGAAUCAAGUAAAUCGGAGGUUCAGGAAAUUGCAAGAUUGGAGCUCCCAGGAGACGUGUUUUCUUCACCAGUAAUGAUUGGGGGCAGGAUUUUUGUCGGAUGCAGAGAUGAUUAUGUGCACUGCAUUUCAUCUGAAAUAAAAAGUUUGGUGCAAAAAUGAAACCCUCGUUAUACAGCCGUAAAGUAUAGCUUAAAGCUUCUGGGGAUUGCUUGUUGAAUAGGAUACUGAAACAUUCUCUCUCUCGACUGUUUUGAUUCUAAAAUACAGCACCAGCAUCCGCCAUAAGUUGCAACCUCUUGUCUUUUCUACAUGUCGGGCCUGGCAUGAAUUGUUCAAACCAGUUUGGUUCUGCCUAAAUUGCAUCCGCUUCUAUGCAUGGCUUCCCUAAUUAUCUUAAGCUGACAUAAGAGAGGUAUGCUUUCAAUCUAACAAUGUAGUUCAACCAUAAAGCUUUGAUAGUGGCCAGCAUACAGUGGCAGUGUAGGAGCUUCCGUCGGGUCAUUGGUGAAACCUUCCGUAAAUGUCAAGAUACAGUUACUACAGUAUAUAAGAUAAAUUUAUGUAAUUUCCGUUUAGCUUUUGUCCUCUGAUUGGUAUGAGGGCCAAUGUACAAUCAUUUAGGUGAUCAGAUAAUGGCAUUUUUUUUAUUUAAGCAAAUGAAAGGGCCAACUGUGAUUCAACAGAUUAUGUUAAAUUUAUUGAACAGAUUCAUGCCUCUUUUUACAAGGCUUUUUCAAUGUUCAAAACAACAUUGCCAGUU